AUGAAUAUUCUACCCAAAAAACGUUGGCAUGUUCGAAAUAAAGACAAUAUAGCACGUGUAUUGAAAGAUGAAAAAAAAGCGGCAGAUGAAGAUCAACAACGAUUAAAACGUAAAGCACUUGCUGAACAAGAAGCACGAUUAAAUAUUUUACGAGCAAAUCGAGGCGAUCAUCUUAUUCAAUUUACGAAUAGUUUGAAUAAAAAUGAACAUGUCAAUCUUUUUAAAUUAGAAGAAGAAGGACAAAAGAAUGGUGAUAGUACAAAUGUAGAACAUGAAAAGGAAAAAAAAGAAGAAACAGAAAAAUUUGAGAAAAAUCUUGGACUUCUAACGUAUCUUGGUCAAAGUGUCGUGGAAAGUGGUGUACCAUGGUAUAUGGAAAAACGAUCCGACAUGAAUAAACGUUCCAAUGAGUCAAGUAUAGCCCAACGAGAAGAAAAAGAUCGAUUACGAAUUAAGAAACAAGAUCCAUUAAAUAAUAUGAUGAAAUAUGUUACUGAAUUAAAACGAAAGCAGACAGAUGAUGAAAGUGAUUCUCAAAUAAAACAAAAAAAAAUUGUAAAUAAUAAAAAAUGUGCAACAGAUACAACAUCAAUGUCUCGAAUUGAACAAUUGAGAGCAGAAAGACUAAAACGAGAGACAGAAGAAAAGACAAAAACGGCUGCUUAUUUGAGUAAAGUUUUUUGUGCUGAUGUUCCAGAUAAAACACCAGAACAAUCAAUUAUUGUUGAAACAGAUGAUCGAAAACGUCGGUACAAUUCACAAUUUAAUCCAGAAGCUUGUAGACAAAAUCAGACGAAGAAAAAUUUUUAUGAUUAA